ACAAGGAAUAUACCUCACCCCCUCACAGUUCGAUUCUUCCCUCAAAACACCCAGUCACUGUCUUUGUCCAUAAUCCCUCAAACAGCUUCUCUUCUUACAAUCAUCUUUUCUUGGUCUCAAGGUGGAUGUGGGUUUGGUUGUUCUGAACCAAACAUCAAUAUGGCUCAUCUGCUUUCCACUUCUUGCUCGAUAAAGUUGUCAUCAAGCCACAGACCUUUAUCUCAGCCAUUUCAUCAAUGCCCAACGAAGUGCCUUACAUUUUUUACGCUGGGAACUUCAAAAUCUCCAUUUAAAAGGUUUGUUUUGCAAGGAGGAACACAGCAAACAAGCUGUGUUGUCCGUGCAACCAUGGCUCCUAUAAGCCAAGAAACUCCAACACAAUCCAGCUCUGAUUCUCGACAGAAUUCCAGUGAACCAUCCAAGCCUAAGCGGGUCAUGGUUAUUGGUGGAGAUGGCUACUGUGGUUGGGCCACUGCCCUCCACCUAUCCAACAAAGGUUAUGAGGUUGCUAUCGCUGACAGCCUCAUUCGUCGUCUCUUUGACCAACAACUCGGUCUAGACUCCUUGACUCCUAUUGCUUCUAUCCACAACCGUCUCCGUUGUUGGCGAUCAGUCACUGGAAAAACAAUUGAACUCUAUAUUGGUGACAUUUGCGACUUUGAGUUCCUGUCAGAAACCUUCAAGUCUUUUGAACCUGAUGCUGUAGUCCAUUUUGGGGAACAACGGUCUGCUCCAUAUUCAAUGAUUGAUCGGAACAGAGCUGUUUUUACUCAGCACAACAAUGUGAUUGGAACACUUAAUGUGCUCUUUGCUAUAAAGGAAUUCAGGGAGCAGUGCCAUCUGGUGAAACUUGGGACAAUGGGAGAGUAUGGAACACCAAACAUUGAUAUUGAGGAGGGUUAUAUAACUAUUACUCAUAAUGGAAGAACAGAUACUUUGCCUUUCCCCAAGCAAGCCAGCUCUUUCUACCAUCUUAGCAAGGUCCAUGACUCAAAUAAUAUAGCCUUCACUUGCAAGGCUUGGGGAAUUAGAGCAACUGAUUUGAAUCAAGGAGUGGUUUAUGGAGUAAGGACAGAUGAGACUGAGAUGCACGAAGAGCUCUGUAACAGGCUUGAUUAUGAUGGAGUGUUCGGAACUGCAUUGAAUCGGUUUUGUGUCCAGGCUGCAGUUGGUCAUCCACUUACUGUUUAUGGAAAGGGGGGUCAGACCAGGGGCUACCUUGACAUAAGAGACACUGUCCAGUGUGUUGAACUUGCCAUUGCCAACCCGGCGCAGCCUGGUGAGUUUCGUGUCUUCAAUCAAUUUACCGAGCAAUUUUCUGUCAACGAACUUGCUUCUCUUGUUACAAAAGCCGGAGAGAAGUUAGGGCUUGAUGUGAAAACCAUAUCCGUGCCCAACCCAAGAGUAGAGGCAGAAGAGCAUUACUACAAUGCUAAGCACACAAAGCUCAUUGAGUUAGGGCUCAAACCACACCUUCUUUCAGAUUCUCUUCUUGACUCUUUGCUCAAUUUUGCCAUUAAAUUCAAGGAUCGGGUUGAUACAAAACAAAUAAUGCCCAGUGUUUCUUGGAAAAAGAUUGGUGUGAAGCCAAAGACUCUUGCAGCUUAAUCAAGCAUGGAUGGUUAAAGGCUGUUCAGCUGAGAAGUUGCAUUCAUCUUGGUCUUAUUUCUCUCCUUGCUACAUUUUGUUUUGGUAGGUAGUGUGGCAUUUCUUAGCAUUCUACUGAAUGUAGUAUGUAAUCAUUUCCAGCUGUAAUUUAUGCAAGUUACAAGUAUGAGAUCCUGUCUUCGAAAUUCUAGGGUUCUAGGAUUUUGUUGGCGGGAUGGUGACUUGUUUUCCUUGUGCUUGUGUAUUUACUAAGAUGGUCAGAAUGGAAUACUUCAUGAAAGAAACGAACGAAUCGAUCUCUGGACGAACAAUUGAGAGUUGUUCGCUCAUGUCUCAGUAUUGACCAACAGGGGCGAAUGCUCGCUAUUAGGCGUUUUCAGUGA